GAAACAGGAACAGGCUACGUGUCAGGAAGAAGGGGUUCGGUUCGGCCUUUCUGUCUCAUCAAAAUUGUUGAGCGUUUGAACGGACGAGUUUCUUUUAUUUUCCACUGACGAUGUUAACCAAGUUUGAAACGAAAUCUGCUCGUGUCAAAGGCCUGAGUUUCCAUCCAAAGAGGCCCUGGGUUCUCGCCAGUUUGCACAACGGAGUCAUCCAGCUGUGGGAUUACCGGAUGUGCACGUUGAUUGACAAGUUCGACGAACACGAUGGUCCUGUCAGAGGAAUUGAUUUCCACAAACAGCAACCUCUCUUUGUGUCUGGAGGUGAUGAUUACAAAAUCAAGGUGUGGAACUACAAGCUACGACGCUGCCUUUUCACACUCCUCGGACACCUGGACUACAUCAGAACCACCUUCUUCCACCAUGAGUACCCCUGGAUCUUGAGUGCUUCAGAUGACCAGACCAUUCGUAUCUGGAACUGGCAGUCCAGGACUUGUGCCUGCGUUCUGACCGGCCAUAAUCACUACGUGAUGUGCGCCCAGUUUCAUCCGUCUGAGGACCUGGUGGUGUCAGCCAGCCUGGAUCAGACCGUGCGAGUGUGGGAUAUCUCUGGUCUAAGGAAGAAGAAUCUGUCUCCUGGUGCUGUGGAGACGGAGGUGCGCGGCAUUUCUGGUGUUGAUUUGUUCGGCGCCUCGGAUGCUGUCGUCAAGCACGUACUCGAGGGUCAUGACCGGGGUGUCAACUGGGCAGCCUUCCAUCCCAGCAUGCCUCUGAUCGUGUCUGGAGCUGAUGAUAGACAGGUCAAGAUAUGGAGAAUGAACGAAUCCAAAGCGUGGGAGCUGGAUACGUGUCGUGGUCACUACAACAAUGUGUCGUGUGCGGUUUUCCAUCCACGCCAGGAACUCAUCCUGUCCAACUCUGAGGAUAAGAGCAUCCGAGUCUGGGAUAUGUCCAAGAGGACCGGAGUGCAGACCUUCAGGCGGGACCAUGAUCGAUUCUGGGUGCUGGGAGCUCACCCAAACCUCAACCUGUUUGCUGCUGGUCAUGACAGCGGCAUGAUUGUGUUUAAGCUGGAGCGCGAGCGUCCAGCCUACGCCGUGUACGGCAACAUGCUGUAUUAUGUCAAGGACCGCUUCCUCCGACAGCUCGACUUCAACAGCAGCAAGGACACUGCGGUCAUGCAGCUUCGCAGUGGGUCUAAGUUUCCGGUGUUCAGCAUGUCCUACAAUCCUGCUGAGAACUCUGUCCUGCUCUGCACAAGGGCAACCAACUUGGAGAACAGCACCUAUGACCUGUACUGUAUUCCCAAAGAAAGUGACUCUCAGAACCCCGAUGCUCCGGAAGGGAAGCGGUCCUCUGGUCUCACAGCGGUCUGGGUAGCCAGGAACAGGUUUGCUGUCCUGGACCGAAUGCACUCUCUGCUGAUUAAGAACCUCAAAAAUGAAAUUGUGAAGAAGGUGCAGGUGCCGAGUUGUGAAGAAAUCUUCUACGCCGGCACCGGCUCUCUGCUGCUGCGUGAUGCCGAUGGCGUCACUCUGUUCGACGUGCAGCAGAAACGCUCACUAGCUACCGUUAAGAUCGCCAAGGUGAAGUAUGUGGUGUGGAGCGCGGACACCAGCCACGUGGCCCUUCUGGCUAAACACGCCAUCAUGAUUUGCAAUCGUAAGCUGGAGAGUCUCUGCAACAUUCACGAGAACAUCCGCGUUAAGAGCGGCGCCUGGGACGAGAGCGGCGUCUUUAUCUACACCACCUCCAACCACAUCAAAUAUGCCCUCACCUCUGGUGAUCAUGGCAUCAUCAGAACUUUGGAUCUUCCCAUUUACGUGACCCGUGUGAGAGGCAACAGUGUGUACUGCCUGGACAGAGACUGCAGGCCACGCGUUCUCACCAUCGACCCCACGGAAUACCGCUUCAAACUCGCCCUGAUCAACCGCAAGUAUGAUGAGGUUCUCCACAUGGUGCGUAAUGCCAAACUGGUGGGCCAGUCCAUCAUUGCCUACCUGCAGAAGAAGGGCUACCCUGAGGUGGCGCUGCACUUUGUCAAAGAUGAAAAGACGCGCUUUAGCUUGGCUCUGGAGUGCGGCAACAUUGAGGUGGCGCUGGAGGCAGCCAAAGCGCUUGACGACCGCAGCUGCUGGGAACGUUUGGGUGAGGCCGCACUGCUGCAGGGUCACCACCAGGUUGUAGAAAUGUGCUACCAGAGGACCAAGAACUUUGACAAGCUCACCUUCCUCUACCUCAUCACCGGCAACCUGGCCAAGCUGCGCAAGAUGAUGAAGAUCGCUGAAAUCAGGAAGGACAUGAGCGGUCACUACCAGGCGGCUCUGUACCUGGGAGACGUUGGUGAACGGGUUCGGAUCCUGAAGAACUGUGGACAGAAGUCUCUGGCCUACCUGACUGCAGCCACCCACGGUCUGGAUGAAGAAGCAGAGGCACUAAAGGAGACCUUUGAACCAGAGAAGGAGACGGUGCCAGAAAUUGAUCCUAAUGCACAGCUGCUCCAGCCGCCUCCACCCAUCAACCCUCUGGACACCAACUGGCCUCUGCUCACUGUGUCAAAGGGAUUCUUUGAAGGCAUCAUUGCAGCAAAGGGGAAGGCGGGUCAGAUGACGGCUGACCUGGACAUGGAUGCUCCUGGAGGUGAGGGUUGGGGAGAAGAUGCUGAGCUUCAGCUCGAUGACGAUGGCUUCAUGGAUGCCCAGGAAGGAUUUGGGGAGGAAGGAGUCGGGAAGGAGGAAGGGGGAGGCUGGGAGGUGGAGGAAGACCUGGACCUUCCUCCAGAGCUGGAUGUGCCGCUUGGUGCAGGAGGCGGGGCAGAAGAGGGCUUCUUUGUCCCACCCACUAAGGGCAUGAGUCCAACCCAGAUGUGGUGCAACAACUCCCAGCUGCCAGUGGACCACAUGUUAGCCGGCUCCUUUGAGACCGCGAUGAGACUGCUCCAUGACCAGGUCGGCGUUGUGAACUUUGCCCCUUACAAGCAGCUGUUCAUGCAGACUGUGUCCAGGGGUCGGACCUGUUAUCUGGGGCUGCCCUCUCUGCCCUGCCUGCGGAGCCACCCCCAGAGGAACUGGAAGGACUGCGGUGCGAAGCAGGGGCUGCCUGCCGUGGGUCUGCGCCUCUCUGACCUCAUCUCCCGCCUGCAGCAGUGCUACCAGCUGACCACGGCUGGCAGGUUCGAGGAGGCCGUGGAGCGUUUCCAGGUCAUCCUGCUGUCCGUGCCGCUGCUGGUGGUGGAUAACAAACAGGAGAUCGCGGAGGCUCAGCAGCUGAUCACCAUUUGCAAAGAGUACAUCGUGGGUCUGACCAUGGAGACAGAGAGGAAGAAGCUUCCCAAAGACACGCUGGAGCAGCAGAAGAGGCAGUGUGAGAUGGCGGCUUAUUUUACUCACUGUAACCUGCAGCCAGUCCACAUGGUGCUCGUGUUGCGUACAGCUCUAAACCUCUGCUUCAAACUGCGCAACUUCACAACCGCCGCUGGCUUUGCUCGCCGCCUGCUCGAGCUGGGGCCAAAACCAGAAGUUGCACAGCAGACUCGCAAGAUUUUGGCAGCCUGUGAGAAAACCCUGACAGACGCCCACCAGCUGAACUAUGACCCCCACAAUCCAUUUGACCUGUGUGCCGCCUCCUUCGUCCCUCUGUAUCGCGGCCGACCCGUGGAGAAGUGCCCGCUGUCUGGGGCCUGCUACUGCCCCACCUACAAAGGCCAGACCUGCAGGGUCACACAGGUGACUGAGAUUGGCAAGGACGUGAUCGGUCUGCGUGUGAGUCCCCUUCAGUUCCGUUAAAAGGAUGUGUGGAAGACACAAGAAGACAGACACUGUAGAGAUAAUAGCUAUUGAUAAGAGAAAUGGAAGCAGGGAUUUAUGUUUAUUCACAGCAAGAGAUUUAUGUUAAAUGUCUAAUCCUUUCAUGUGGUUCUGUGCAUCAUUUAACCUGGAAACAGUGCUGCUUCGCCUUCUGUGUGCUCAAACGUGUGAUUACAGUCAGCACACAUGCUGUCUUUCUGACUUGUGUGAGUUCAGUCAUUCGAGUUGAUCUGUGAUCUGUAUUUGGACAACAAACAAAAAUAAAAGUCUUUAUUGGUG